UGACAGAACAAAAGAAGACACGCGUGCACUAUGGAAACAUGGCCAGGAACCUGUGUAUGUGCUCAUAACAUCAGAUGGUAGUACGUUAGGUGGUAUGGUGGCCGCUAUGAACAGUGUGUAUAAAAAUGCUAAAGGUCCAGUUCACUUUCUACUUGUAGUUGACAAAGACAGUGAAGACCAUCUCAGGAAAUGGAUCACACAGACCGAACUACGUACCCUGAAUUAUACAUUGACAACGUUUAACGAGGACUGGACGAAGGGCAAGAUAGCUGCGAAAGGAACAAGAAAAGAAUUGGCAUGUCCAUUGAAUUUUGCUAGAUUUUAUAUCCCUAAAUUAUUUCCAAACAUCAAUGGUCGAAUUGUGUACAUAGACACUGAUGUUAUUGUGCAGGGUGAUAUCAUACAACUCAACAACACACGAAUCAAACCAGGGCACAUUGCGGCCUUCUCAGAAGACUGCAGUUCACUUUCUAAAAGAUUUAACUUGUUUCAGAAUAACUAUGCAAAUUUCUUGAAUUUUCAAAAUGAACAAGUAAAGGCCCUUGGUAUGAGCCCAGGGACAUGUUCAUUUAAUUCUGGUGUGUUUGUAGUCGAUAUGAAUGCAUGGAAAGAAGGAAAAAUCACUGAAAGAUUGGAAUUCUGGAUGAGUCUUAACACUGUUAUGGAUGUAUAUGGUAAUCAGCGUGGUGGUGGUGCCUCACAACCACCGAUGUUGAUUGUAUUCUAUGGGAUACACUCUACAAUUGAUCCUAUGUGGCAUGUCAGACAUCUAGGUUGGUCGAGUGGUACGAGAUAUUCGGAGGAGUUUCUAAACCAAGCUAAAUUGGUUCAUUGGAACGGUAACUUCAAACCAUGGAAGGGAAAAGCACAGUACAGUAAAAUAUGGGACCAAUAUUACAUCGCCGAUCCAACUGGCACAUUUAAAGUCAUUAGGAAAUAUACAUAGCAUGCAACGGCCAGAUGUCACAUGACUUGAUCCAGUCUAGUUCUUUGGCCGUCAACGAUUUUUACAAAAUAUGCUAUUUUUUUUAACCCUUUAAAAAUGACAAACUUUUAUUGCGUUUCAAAAAAAAAAUACAUAUUAUUUUCUAGCAUAUUUGCAGUAUUUCCUCCUUUCCAUGUUUUCACGAAAGCUACUUUCAUAUAUAUUGAAAUUGCAUUCCAAGAUGGCUGCCAUUUUUCCCUUAUUUCUAAGAAACAUAAUUUUAAAAAAUAUGCAUGUUUGGAUAUAGUACAGUAAUAUUGGUUUCAUUUGUUGAAAAGAACAAUUUUAUUUUAUUGUGUAAUGUAUCUAUGUUUUGUUUACCUCUAGUGACCUCCAGUUAUUAUCCUUACUGUUUCUUAUUGCACCUGUGACCCUUAAUUUAUUUAGAUCAACAUAGACAGAAUAUAUAAACUCUACAUAUAAAAGCAUAUAUAUAUACUUAACAUACAAACUCAACAUAGACUCACCAUUACAAACUCAAUGUACCAACUCAACAUACAAAUUCAACAUAGUCAACAUACAAUCUCUGCAUAAAGACUCAACAUACAAUUUCAGUGUAAUAAACUCGACAAAUAGACUCAACAUACAUGUUCAAAUUAUUGACUCUACAAACUUAAAAUAAAGACACAAGAUAAAUUGAUUCACUGAAAAAUAAAAUUGAUAAGCUCAGCAUUACACUGUGGGGAAUACAUUAUUGUAUCUCUCCCCCCCCCCCCAACAUUUCUCAUUACUUAGCUAACCCUGAGAUGUUGGCAACAUUAUUUAUUGAAUUGUAAACCUAGUGUUCUCUGUCUGUUGUUUUAAUUGAGCUGUGGUGGUUGAGGUGGUGGUGGCGGUGGCGGCAGUGGUGGUGGUUGUGGUGGCGGUGGCAUUGGUUGCUGGUGGCGGUGGCGGUGGUGGUGGUGUAUUUCCUCUGUUAGGAGUGCAUCUCCAGUAGAGAUGCAUGUAAACCAAAUACAUAUAUACAAACUAUUUAUUAACAUUUUUAAAAGAUGCUAAUUUAUUGUGCAGCGCUCAUUGCAUAUACGUUAUCUGUGUCACAUAAGACUUGUAUUGAUACAUCAAUUAAGUCGCAUACAAAUUGAUGUCCAUUUAGUCACAAAUUGAUAAAGUUUAACAAAAUUGCUGUCUUAAAACUUUUUCCAGGAAAGGUUCUGGCAAUGU